CAUACGUUAGCUUCCCAACUGUUCUUCAGCCGUGGGUUGAAUGAUGAAUCCGUAGUAGUCAGACUGCCCGCUUCCAAUGGCCGCUGUAAAUCGAAAUCAAAACCCGACUCUUGGCGGAGCGUCUGCUCUUGUUUUUGAACGUGUGCGUGUGUUCCUUAGCAAGCAGACCUGUCCAGAAACCCCAAUAAUGUACAUUUGACUGGCGUCACAAAAAAAGGAUAUUGGCAUCAGAAGAAGGAGCUUCUAUGGCAGGAGUAUUAAUUUGAAAUUGUCUCUUAUCUUAAUACUACUGUCCAAUUCGGUAUCUCUGUUAAACGCCAGCGGCUUCCGAAUGACGAAAUGUGAACCAGCAGCUUUGAGAUAACCAUCGAAAUCUUCCCGAAGUUAGAAAAAAGGGUCAUAGUGUUUAUUUUAUGACGCUGUGAAUGUUGAGCAUAUUACAGACGGUCUGUGUGAUCUUCUCCGAACGUUUGAGCAUUGUGUGUACGUCAUCACUGAUAUUUGUAGCUUUCAAGUUAUGACUCCGCAUUCUGACAGGUUGCUGAUGGCGACAUCGAACGGUGGUGGUGCUGCCAGUGAUAUGAAAGACGACUCGAUCGCGGUCCCGUUCAUGGGGACAAUAUCUUUAUCGGAGCCGGGCGUUCCGCCGGAUUUUUCUCCCAGUCUCGCACCAACCGUCGAUUCCAACAUGUUUGUAGAUGCCAAUGGACGAAAAAAACGUGUAUGGUUCUUAACCGUAGCUCCCGGUACGUCACCGUCUGAGCUUAAGGGUGCCAAGCUGAAGAGGACAAAAUGCACUGGUUCAUCUGGGACCCAAUUCCGUGUAAAGACCCGAAUAAAAAAGGACCACGCAGCUGUCGUAAUGAAUUGCGCAUUAGAAUCGGUAGCCAUUCGAUUGCGUGUUGCGGGAAGUGUUACCCUUAGCAGAAAGCUUCAAGUGCCUGCCAUCCAAUUCAGUCCAACCGAGAAGAAAGUAUUUUCUACAACCAAGGAUGCUCGUCAGCGCUACAUUCCUUUUGGUGCCGCUAAUCCGUUGGUGCAUUCUACAACAGCAGAUGAGCUACGUUGCUCUGCGUCAAACAAGAGGAAAAAGAAGAAAUCAAAGAAAUAGCAAUAAAGAAAUAAACAGAAAUCCUAUUGUGUAUGCGUGAUAAUCAUGUCCUAAUGUAUGACCAUCUGUCUGUUUAUGAGAACGAAUAAAUGUCAGCUUGCUGUAUAUAUGCAUACGUUUGCGCUAUGAA